CUCAUCUAUCGCCUCAAUAUAUACGGUACCCUUUACCUUCAACGUUGAAAAAACCACCCCUUCCCCGUGUUAAGGUACAGCGUCUCCUCCGCAUACUUUGUUCUCAAAGCACAAUGGCCCCUAGCGCGAAAGCUGGAUCAUGAGGAGCGUCAACAGAACAAGGAGACACUGCAUGCAGGAGCUUGAAGCCAAGAUGCAGAUUCUCCAAGAAACCGUCAACACACACGACAGAGAGCCUACCUCACGUCUCGACAACAGAAUUGAUGACAUCGAACGAACCUUGAGGCGUCAACGCAGCAGGAAUUCCGACCUUCAAGGAAACAUCGACAUGUUCACAGACGCGAUAGCAGUUAUCGACAGCCAGUUUGAGGGCAUUGAGCGAACCUCGAGGCACCACAAUCAACAACGUGAUCAGGAAAUACAAGAGCUUCAAGGUCGGAUACGAGAGCUUCAAACGAGGGUCGAUACGGCGAACAUGCAGAGUAGGCCCAAUAAUCCACUCAGCAGGCGACCAACACAGUCGGUGACACUCUCCGAAUCCCCUACUAGUCCAUCAUCCGGUCGUUCGGUGGCAUCUGUCGCAAGUAGUGAAGCGACCGGAAGGCGUCCCACACCGACAUCUGGAGACUCCUGGCUAACGACGCCGCUCAGUCCAAACUCGCGACGUACGAGGCACCCAUCAUGCGUGCCAGCAACCAACCGAUUCGUCUCUCGUGGCAGACGCCCACAGUCGCUCAGUGGAAUGGUGCGGCUGUCCAGUCCCCUCCCCUACGAUGCGCCGCCACGCUCAAGCUUGUUCCUUACACCGCUCGAGACGGAGAAUUUGGAGCACGAGCCCGUUCCACGUGGCCGUCGUUUUUCAACCGGCCACCGGAGCUCGGAUCGUGAACCGCGGCCCUGGAGACAGCCAGCGAAGCGAACACCCACUGGACGUGUCCGCAAGCUAGACAAGCCGGGCUCGCGCACGGUCUGGAAGAAUAACGUUUUGGUGGCGGCUGGUGCUGUCGCCUUGUUUCUCGCUGCAGGUGGCUAUCGAGCAGUCGGUCGUUCUGAUUCCUCGAACGUUUAAACGCGUAUCGUUGAUGCUCCCCUUCACCAUACGAUCGAAAUCAGUCGAGUGACUCCGGCACGAAGCGGUGUC